AUGUUACUCUUCACGUGGAACAUGCUGAAACUCUACGCCAAAAUGAAUGCGGGGACCUCAUCAAGAAUAUUACAAAGGAAAGCAAGUUUUCCGAGUGAAACAAAUAUCUCGAUGAACCAACAUGAAGCAAGGUAUAAUGGACAGAACCUGAGAUAUGUUUUGAACAGCCCAGAUCUGUGCAGACGACAUGGCCAGGCUGAUUACGUCACGCUUGUCAUUCUUGUCAUCACGAGUGCACCCUAUUUCAAAGCCAGACAAAACUGGAGAAAUUCUGUUCAGAUUCGAGAACAUAAAAAAGUUCGUGUUUUGUUUGUAGUUGAGAAACCGCAAAAUGAUACCAUUGCGGCCAAGCUGAAGGAAGAACACAGACAAUUUGGUGAUGUCAUUUGUAUGAAUUUCGCAGCAGACAACAAGGUGGCUGAAAGUUUGCGCUGCCUUUCUGGUUUGCGCUGGAUUCAAAACUUCUGCCCACAGACUGGGUAUGUCCUCAUCGCUAGGAUGAAUGCAAUGGUGAUGGUGUCCACCGUUUUAGAAUACUUAGAUAAAUUGCCUCCGAGUGAGAAAGAGACUUUGUAUUCGGGGGUUGUCGUUCACCGAAAUGCUUUGGUAAAGCGGUCUGGACAAUGGGCAGUGACCAAGGAGGAGUGGCCCAAUGGCACCUACCCCGAUUACAUUCAGUACGAUGUCAUCUUCUUGUCUGGGAAGUCCGCAAGCAUCAUGGCAGAUACGUCAAGAAAAACUGAAGUCUUCAAAAUUCCAGACGUUUAUUUCGGAAUUCUAGCCAAGGAGGCGAAAGAUCGGAUUAUUGCUUCAGAAGCAAUUAUUGGCUCAGUUUUACGACAUGAGAAUGUGAAGGACGAAUUUACAGACUUCUGCAAAAUGACAAAGUUUCUUUAUAUCAUUGCUGAUAAUCCUGACCAGGACAUGCAGAAAGGUUGGGAUACACUUAGAGACCGAAAGGAGUUGUUGUGUCAAUAUUCAUAA